AUGUAUUCAAAACAUGCUCCUCGUGCACAAAAACACAACAUAAAUAAUAGAAAUAAAUAUCAUGAAAGAGAAACUCAUUGUCAAAAAAAGAUAAAACCUAAUUCUAAACGAUAUUUGAACUAUGAUGAAAAUGCGGAUAGAUUUCGUGCUCAAUUACGAACAAUUGGAUUAGAAUUACGUGAUAUUGCUGGUGAUGGAAACUGUUUAUUUAGAAGUUUUGCUGAUCAGAUGGAUGGCGAUGCGCGAAACCAUGCAUUGUAUCGAAAACAAGUAUGUGAUUAUAUAUUGAAAAAUCAAGAAGAUUAUCAACCAUUUAUUGUCGAUCAACCAUUUGAUGUCUUCUUGAAAUCACUUGCUGAAGAGGGCACGUAUGCUGGAAACGAGUCGAUUGUUGCAUUUGCGCAGUUAUACAAUGCCAAAAUAUGUGUACAUCAAUUACACCAACCAAUAUGGGUCGUAUGCUUUUCAAAUAAACCUGAAUAUGAACUUCACAUCUCCUAUCAUAACUUCGAGCAUUAUUCCAGUGUAAGAAAAAUAGGUGAUUUGACAGUAGCGACAGCCGAUGUUCGUUUACAACCAGUUACUACUACUAAAUCGGCAACAACUUCAAAUUGCACAUCUUUUUCAAAUAAGUCUAAGAAGGAAGAAGCAUCAAACGAAUAUUUAAUUGAUGAACAUGAUAUAUCGUAUAUAAUAUCACAAACAAAUACGAACGAUAAAAAUCUAAUACAUCACACAUUAUCAGAUUUUAGCGGGGAUAUUGAUUCAACUAUAGCUUAUCUUCUAGCAAUAACAACUACCGACAAUCUCACAUCGAACACAUGUGCCGAAAAAUUACAACGAAUUAUGUCUAUAACAGGAGUGUACGAUAUUGAUUUGGUAGAACAGUCGUAUAGGGCUAAUAAUUCAGAUGUUAAUUUAACUAUUGGAUCAUUAUCAGCGUUGGCAGUUGACAACGCUGUUACAAAAACCGAUGACAGUGAGUACAAUGACAUACAGGAUGAAACACCGACAUUUUCAUCAUCCGUAUCCAAAAAAUCAAAUGUCAAUAGUAAUAGGCAAACGGGGGCACAAAAUAAAAAAGCGAAGAAAAAGCGUGCUAUGGAAAGAAGACGUGCUGAAACAGAGAAACAACAAACGAAUGAUAAAAAUCGUAAUUCGUCAGCUUCGGUGAUAGACAACAAUACGAGUAAAACAAAUCAGGAUGCAGCAAAUGCUGUCGUCCAACCAAAUCCAAAUGUUAAUAUUGAGUUUAUUCGAAUCUAA